AUGACUCGACACAUUCAACCCCCUCCCCCGGAGUUCGCGAUAGCCCCUGGCACCGUCCGUCUCAUUCGAGAAGAUGGCGAAGUCGAGGCACCGCAGCUCCUGCCACAGCCCAUGCCCUCUGAUGAUCCGAACGACCCAUUGAAUUGGAGUCGAUCUCGGAAGUUGAUGAAUUUCAUUCCCACCCUGGCUCUUACAGCCAUCAUCUUCACGCAGACAUCCAUGCCCAUCAUAUUCUGGGUCCUCUGGAUCCCCGAAUUCGGCUGGAGCUACAGGCAACUCAACAUCUCUCAAGCUAUCAACUUUGUCGGUACAGCACUCGGCUGUCUCCUCUUCAUCCCUCCCGCGGUAAAAUACGGACGAAGAUCGAUGUACAUUCUAUCAUCUGCCUUCAUCCUCGCUACAGCCGUGUGGUCAGCUCGUAUACAUAGUCUUCCUGAACUGUACAUCUCACAGUUGAUCCUCGGUCUGGCCAGUGCGACAAACGAAACUAUUGUUGAGAUGACGAUUGCGGAUAUGUACUUUGUCCACCAGCGUGGAACAGCGAACGGAGCUUACAUGGUUAUGGUGAUGAUCGGAAGCUUUCUCAGCCCCAUAAUUGCCGGAUACAUGGCAGCAGAUGGCAACUGGAGAUUAUGCUACUGGGUAGCCUUCGCCGUCGAAGCCGUGCUGCUACUCUACUUCUGUCUCUUCUUUGAAGAGAGCAAGUACAUCCCACGCAUCGAAGCUCGUGUUCCCCAGGCCUCUUCAGAACGCCAAGGCUCCGCCAAAAAGAUGGACUCUAGCUCAGCAUCUGAGGAUGUAGAGCCGAUCACGCCUCAGAUCACCAACGCAACCCAUGCUAUCAACCCAGAGAUCCCGCUUCUCACCUGGCGACAGCGCAUGCGGCUCGUCACAAAGUCUGACGAGAGUCUCUUACAAAUUGCCUGGAACUCCAUCCUCAUUCUCUUCCGCUUCCCGGCUGUCAUGUACACGGCCCUCACGUACGCAUUCUGCCUCUGCUGGAUCUCUGCACAGGCUUCUCUCGUCUCUAUCGUGUUCACACAGCCUCCGUAUAACUUUGGAACAGUUGGCGUGGGAAACAUGAGUCUUGGUGUCUUUAUCGGAUGUAUUCUUGGAUCUUUCUGGGGUGCGCUUUCCGACCGAACUGUCUUCUGGUUCGCUCGAAGGAACUAUGGUUACUAUGAACCCGAGAUGCGGCUUCAGCUUAACCACUUCCCUGCUGUGUCGAUGGGCGGCGGGAUUAUCAUGUUCGGAGUAACCGCUUCAAAGGGAAUGCACUGGAUCUACCCGUCAGUGGGCGGCGCUAUCUUCGGGUUCGGCCUUGGAGGCGUCAGUGACGUAGCACUCUGCGUACUGAUCGACAGCUAUCAAGCGCUUACUGGGGAGGCCUUUAUUGGAGUGGCCUUUAUCCGAAACUGCUUCAGCAUCGCCAUUUCUUUCGCUAUCGUUCCAUGGAUGGACUCUCAAGGCGUGCAGAACAUGUGUAUCGUCAUGGGUGUGUGGGCGACAGCAAUGGGGUUUCUGCAUGUGCCGCUGAUUAUAUGGGGGAAGAAGCUUCGAGAGAAGACAGCGAAUAAGUAUCAGGAGAUGGCCAUGGAGAGAGCACUAUCUCGGCAUUGA